CGCCGGCCCGGCCCUCCUCGCCGCCCCUCCCGCGCGCGUCCACCGGCUCCCCGGCUCGCGCCGCUCCAUGUAGCCCCGGAUCCCCGGGAGACCGAGGAGGAGGAGGAGGCGGCGGAGGAGGAGGAGGAGGAGGGGGCGACCACAAGAUGGCGGACCUCUCGCUGCUCCAGGAGGACCUGCAGGAGGACGCGGACGGAUUUGGUGUGGAUGACUACAGCUCAGAGUCUGAUGUGAUUAUUGUACCUUCAGCCCUGGACUUUGUCUCACAAGAUGAAAUGUUGACGCCACUGGGGAGACUGGACAAGUAUGCUGCAAGUGAGAACGUGUUUAACAGACAGAUGGUGGCCCGGAGUUUGCUGGAUACGUUGAGGGAAGUCUGUGACGAUGAGAGAGAUUGUACUGCUGUUUUGGAAAGAAUUAGCAGAUUAGCUGACGACUCAGAACCGACUGUGAGAGCAGAGCUGAUGGAACAGGUGCCUCACAUUGCAUUAUUCUGUCAAGAAAACCGCCCUUCGAUUCCAUAUGCUUUUUCCAAGUACUUACUACCCAUUGUGGUCAGAUACCUUGCAGAUCAAAAUAAUCAGGUGAGAAAAACAAGCCAGGCGGCGUUGCUGGCUCUGCUGGAGCAGGAGCUCAUUGAACGGUUUGAUGUGGAGACCAAGGUGUGCCCUGUGCUCAUAGAGCUCACCGCCCCGGACAGCAACGACGACGUCAAGACCGAGGCUGUGGCUAUAAUGUGCAAAAUGGCUCCCAUGGUCGGGAGGGACAUUACUGAGCGGCUCAUCCUGCCCAGGUUUUGUGAGAUGUGUUGUGAUUGCAGAAUGUUUCAUGUUCGGAAGGUCUGUGCUGCCAAUUUUGGAGAUAUUUGCAAUGUGGUUGGCCAGCAAGCCACUGAGGAGAUGCUGCUGCCCAGGUUUUUCCAGCUUUGUUCUGAUAAUGUGUGGGGAGUCCGAAAGGCUUGUGCUGAAUGCUUCAUGGCGGUUUCAUGUGCAACAUGUCAAGAAAUUCGGCGGACUAAGCUAUCAGCACUGUUUAUUAAUUUGAUCAGUGAUCCUUCACGCUGGGUUCGCCAAGCAGCAUUUCAGUCUCUGGGACCCUUCAUUUCUACUUUUGCUAAUCCAUCUAGCUCAGGCCAAUAUUUUAAAGAAGACAGCAAAAGUUCAGAAGAUAUCUCAAUAGAAGAUAAAAAUAGGCUUCAAGAUCCUGAGGCUGCAGAGGACGUGCUUGCCAGGCCAGAGGAUGCCCUUUGCGACCUCAGAGGCAGCAGCUGCAGCGUGGCCCUGCCACACAGGGCCCAAGACUGUGCUGCUGAGGUGUGUACGGAAGCUGCAGGUGAAUUCAGUGUUCCGGUGGACAGUGCUGCACUUUGUACUUUGUCCUCAGAAUCUCAAGACGCAAGUAGUAGUGAGAGCAAUGAGAAUCUCGUUGACUGCAAAUCGGCAUCACAAGCAGAGGCUGGCAGCAGUUCCCAGGAGUCGGCUGUCUUAGAUCAGGAAUUAUACAACUCUUUCCAUUUCUGGAGGACUCCUCUCCCUGAAAUAGAUCUGGAUGUGGAGCUUGAAGAGGACACUGGGAAAAACCUCAGCUCGGAGGAAUCAGAGGCAGCACCUGAGAUCCCUGGGCCAGCUUCUCCAAACAUCACCGUGGCCAGCAGACGGGAGCUCGAGGAAAUGAUCGAGAAUCUUGAGCCCCACAUGGACGAUCCAGAUGUUAAAGCCCAGGUGGAGGUGCUGUCUGCCGCACUCCGCGCAUCUAGUCUGGAUGCCCAUGAGGAGACCGUCAGCAUAGAGAAGAGAGGCGAUCUGGAAGAUGAUCUGGGUAUAAAUGAGCUACCAAACUGUAAAAUAAGCCACGAUGAUACUGUGCCUUUAAUCAGCGAUGCCAUUGAGACUAUGGACUCCUCCCUUCACUACAUCCACAAUGAUUCAGACUUGAGCACCAGCAGCAGUUUCAGCCCUGAUGAGGAAAGGAAAUCCAAAGUCCAAGAUGUUGUUCCCCAGGCCUUGCUAGAUCAGUACCUGUCCAUGACGGAUCCCUCUCGGGCACAGACGGUCGACACGGAGAUCGCCAAGCACUGUGCCUACAGCCUCCCAGGGGUGGCCCUGACGCUCGGCAGGCAGAAUUGGCACUGCCUGCGGGAGACCUACGAGACCCUGGCGUCCGACAUGCAGUGGAAAGUUCGAAGAACAUUAGCGUUCUCCAUCCACGAGCUUGCAGUUAUUCUCGGAGACCAGUUGACAGCUGCAGAUCUGGUUCCAAUUUUUAAUGGAUUUCUGAAAGACCUCGAUGAAGUCAGGAUAGGCGUCCUCAAGCAUUUGCAUGAUUUUCUGAAGCUGCUUCAUAUUGACAAAAGAAGAGAGUAUCUUUAUCAGCUGCAGGAAUUCCUGGUGACGGAUAAUAGCAGGAACUGGCGCUUCCGAGCGGAACUGGCUGAGCAGCUCAUCCUGCUGCUGGAACUCUAUAGCCCCAGGGACGUUUAUGACUACCUACGCCCCAUCGCUCUGAAUCUGUGUGCAGACAAAGUGUCUUCUGUUCGCUGGAUAUCCUACAAGUUGGUCAGUGAGAUGGUGAAGAAGCUGCACACGGCCACCCCGCCGACCUUCGGAGUGGACCUCAUCAACGAGCUGGUGGAGAACUUCGGCAGAUGCCCCAAGUGGUCUGGGCGGCAGGCCUUCGUCUUUGUCUGCCAGACUGUCAUUGAGGACGACUGCCUCCCCAUGGAACAGUUUGCUGUGCAUCUGAUGCCCCACCUGCUGACCUUGGCCAAUGACAGGGUUCCCAAUGUCAGGGUGCUGCUCGCAAAGACGCUAAGGCAGACUCUGCUCGAGAAAGACUACUUCCUGGCCUCCGCCGGCUGUCACCAGGAGGCCGUGGAGCAGACCAUCAUGGCCCUGCAGAUGGACCGCGACAGUGACGUCAAGUAUUUUGCCAGCAUCCACCCGGCCAGUACCAAGCUCUCCGAGGACGCCCUGAGCACGGCUUCCUCCACCUACUAGGGAGCGGGGACCAGGCGUCCCUCCUGCUCUUGUGGGGCCGAGGCCCCGCCGGUGCUCCCCACGCGCGGCCCUGGGCCAGCCUCUGGGGGAGAGGCCUUCUCGUGCAGACUUCACAGCAGGCACCAGUGGCCUCCGCCUGACACCAGGGAUCUGAAAGGCGAGAGCAAGCACAGUAAACACUAUUAUCUUACCUUGACUUGAAGGGAAAAUAAUUUCUCAGAGGAUUAUAAUUGUCACCGAAGCCUUAAACCCUUCUGUCUUCCUGACUGAAUGAAACUUGAAUUGGCAGAGCGUUUUCCUUGUGGACGAGAUGAGAUUCCCAGAGACCUGCAUUGCUUUCUCCUGGUCUGCUUUAACCAGCGAUAUAUGAAAUUCCUACAGCCGGAAGGCGGCCGUGCGCCCAGACGGGAAGGAGACCAGUGUUAGCCCUAAGCGCGCUCCUCCGAGGCAAGGACCUGCGGUCGGGGGCCAGCUCCCCACCCGGCCCCACGUGUGAAUAGUUUUUUGACGUGUGUAAAUGAGAAAGGACGUUUUUGGAUUUCUCCCAAGGGCUUGAUGCUAACACUAAAGUAGACUGAUUUUAACUAGAUGCAGCACAUUGCUGCGCACACUCACAGGACCUUGCUGCGUUUCUCUGUCCUCAUGUUCUUCAUGCUGGUCAUGACCUGAAGGAAAUUUAUUAGCACGUAGAUUGUAUGUCAGGUGUUUUUAACUUGAUCAUGAUCAGCUCUGAGGUGCAACUUUGUUCACAUACUGUGCGGACCUGUGACCACUCCUGGGAGUGUUGCAGUCUAAUCAUGCUGUUGAAAACCGUUGGGGCACAUGUUCUCUUGUCCAAAUAAAGUUUAUUAAUAAGAUCUA